AUGCCAAUCUGUGUGGCUGGGCAACCGGUGGUGCUCGAUAAGGACGGCGAGUGGAAGGUGCUCGAUAAGGACGGCGGGUUGAAGCCGCUAGAGAUGGUCCCCCAUGACCCCAAUACGUCACUUUGGAAGCCAACUGUUAACAGGUCUAAAGAACCAAAGACUGCCCAACAAAGAAGGUUUGAAGAACUUAUGGCUUAUUCUGCUAGCCACGCAGCAUCAAAUGUUGACUUUUUGAAGGACCCGGACCCUCCUGUUCCUGCUGGUGAAUGUAGGUAUUGUUUAAAGGUGGAUGAUCACAUCACGCAACUGUGCCCCUACAAGUAUGAUGUCCCAAAGAAUGCAAUUCUUGGCAAGGGUUGUACGGUUGUUUGUAAAGUCUGCGGAUGUAGGUUUAGAGACUCGUGUUGUGCCAAAUGCGGCAACACCCGUGGAUGUGCAAUCCUCAUGGAUUGUAGAAUCUGUGGGAAGCCAUAUGACCACUGGUCUGAUACGUGCCCGAAACGCGAUUUGAAUUCUCCUGUUACUUGCGAUCCUUAUACUGGUUCUUUUUCUUUCAAGGCUUGUCCUCCAAAAGAGUAG